AUGGCUCACUCCGCCCUGGUGACGUACGGCUCCGAAACUGGAAACGCAGAGGAGCUUGCUGUUCAGCUGAGUCAGCUUACCCGCCGGCUGCGCAUCUGGACUACCAUCAAGCCGCUGAACGCUCUCACGCCACAGCAUCUAAGCAACGCUUCAGUUGUCCUAAUAGUCAUAUCCACCACUGGCCAAGGCGACUUACCGAGAAAUGCCCAACUCCUUUUCCGAAAAUUACGGAGUAAGAAGCUAGCACCAAAUUGCUUGGAAAACUGUAUCUUCACGUCGUUUGGGUUGGGCGACAGCUCGUAUCCCCAGUUUAACUGGGCGCAUCGGAAGCUGGGCAACCGCAUAGAACAGCUGGGCGCUCAGCGUCUCAUUGAAGCUGGGGAAGCAGACGAGCAGCAUCCUGAAGGGGUUGAUGCUACAUUUCUGCCAUGGGUAGACAAGCUUCGAGAGAAGCUGCUGGAAACAUGCCCAGUCCCAUCCGAUGUCAAGCCGCUCGGCGACGAUACUUUUCUUAAACCGAGAUGGCUCCUCAAAAUCCAUGGCGACAAUGGGGGAGCGAAGCUUGAACAGCAACCCCGGACUUUUGAGGAUUUCUCAGACCUGGAUUGUGCCCACGUUGGCCAGGAGCCCGAUCAUGAGCCCGCAGAAGUUGUGUCAAACACGCGAGUAACCUCUGAAGAUCACUGGCAGGACGUUCGACAGAUCAACAUAAAAUUCCCGCGACAAAUACCGCGAGCAGAUGCAAAAGGCAACGUCUUAGAAAAGCCGCGUGCAUUUUACAGUCCAGGGGACAUACUUGAGAUCUACCCAAAGAAUUUUUCUUCCGAUGUCCAGGACUUCAUUGAUUUGCAGGGUUACGGAUCCGUGGCCCACGCACCCCUGGACCUCCAAUAUGACUGGGAACAAUUCGACAGCAGUCCUCCACGUGAACAUCCUUUGGGCCGCGCCCCUUUCCACAAUACUCUGUUUGGCCUUCUCACCAAUCACCUCGAUAUCAUGGCUGUGCCCCGCCGUUCGUUCUUCGCCCUAAUCACCCACUUUGCAUCCGAUCCGGAUCAAAAGGAGCGCCUUCAGGAAUUCGCACGGCCGAAUGAUCCGGAGCUCAUCGACGACUACUUCGACUACGCCACACGCCCACGCCGCAGCAUUCUUGAAGUGUUGCAGGAGUUCACCAGUGUCAAGAUCCCUUAUGAGUACAUUCUCGGUAUAAUCCCGUCCCUGAAACCCCGCCAGUUCAGCAUCGCCAGCGCCGAUCUGACAAGAACCGAUCCGGCAUCGACCGACUGCAACGUCACACUGCUCGUCGCCAUCGUCAAAUAUCGCACCGUCAUCAAGCGCAUCAGGUGGGGCGUCUGCUCGCACUACCUCAGCGAGCUCAAGCCAGCCCAAAAACUGCGCGUGCAGCUCAUCGAGGGCGCCAUGCGCCUUUCCGACGAGGACCUCCAGGCCCCUUCCAUCCUCAUCGGGCCGGGCACAGGUGUCGCGCCUCUUCGCUCCAUCAUUCAGGGAAAGGAGCUCCUUCGCAGUCGCGAUGCCGACGGCGCCGUGGCCCCCAACAUGAACGACACGUUUCUCUUCUUCGGCAACCGCAACGCUGCGGCGGACUUCUUCUUCGCGGACGAGAUGCGCGAGCGCGAGGCGAAGCAGAAGAUGCACCUCGCCACGGCUUUCUCGCGGGACCAGCGGGAAAAGGUGUACAUCCAGGAUCGAGUCCGGGAGCACGGAAAGGUGAUCUGGGACCUGCUUCAGAAGAGUGCGAGGAUCUAUUUGUGUGGGAGCUCAGGCAAAAUGCCCGAGGCGGUGAGAAGGGCGUUGGAGGAGGUCAUCAAGAUCGAAGGAGGGAUGAGUGUACCCGAGGCCGAGGAAACAUUGAGGGGAAUGGUCAAGGCGGGGAGGUUCAGACAGGAGACUUGGUAG